GCCUCGGUAACCACCGACACAACGGAGUCGGGCAUCUCCUCAGCCGUGAAGAAGGUCGUAUCCGUUUCGGUUGUCGAGGAUGUCACCGUCGACAUUAUCCCGCCUGUGUCCAUUUUCGAGCAAACAUUGCUCACUGCAUCCGGCGCCAACUUCAUCGUUCGCCCGCCUAGGCGGAAUCCAAUACCUUUCUCUAUGCAAUCUCGAUGGUAAUGGCGUUGGUUUCGACUCCCCCACCGCCUUGUCCCGUCGCUUGCUCAAACGCAUGCAAUGGGUUCUUAUUCUUUUCCGUCGUCUUUGGACUUGUCCUUGCCAUAAGUCUCUUCAUCCUUGCCUCUGACAAAGCUGAGGCUGCUGGUGACAUCCUCCUACUCCUCUUGAGGGACUUGUGCGAAUACGUCGCUUUCGGGGCCUUACUGGAAGCUGUUUUCGCUGCGUUGCCGAUGUUGGAGAGAAGUCACGCUCAGGAAAUCGGAAUUGACCAAGGCGAGGUCAAGUCGGUGGAUAUUACUGUACCAGAUUGCAUAGAGCGUAGCACUGGUUGUGUAACGGGCGACACUGCACGCCUCUCAUACGGCAACCUUUCUCGUAUCAACGCUCUUCACUUGUCAAGGACAUCCUCGGGAGAUGUAAAUUUCACAUUGGAUAUCUCUGAAGUACAGGAUAUCUCCAUAAUGUCAAUUUCGGUCAACAGCCUGUACGCUACCGUCCCCGUGCAGAAUUCGAUAUCGCGCAUUGAGCUACGCCAAUACGUGACGAUGCUGUAGCUGCCAGUAAGCAUCGCUUGGUCAAGAAGAUCGGAGGAAACAUACCGGAAUUACAUGAUCACCGAG